AUGAGUAGAUCAGGCCAGGCUCCCGAUUUGAAAAAGUACAUGGACAAGAAGUUAAACAUAAAGCUGAACGCGAAUCGCACGGUGGUGGGUGUGCUGAGGGGUUUCGACCAGUUCAUGAAUCUCGUGCUCGACAACACUGUUGAGAUGAGCGGUGAUGACAGGACCGACAUUGGCAUGGUGGUGAUUCGCGGAAAUAGUGUGAUCAUGAUUGAAGCUUUAGAGAGUGUAAGGUAG